CAACAGUCCCAUGUGGUACAUACCGGGUAUUGAUGAAGCACUCCAGCUGAUUAAUCAAUAUAAUCCUCACAAUAAUAAUGAUAUUGAAUUGAUAUCUGCAUUUGGUAAUCCUCCUAGAGUUCCUGAUGUUGUUCAAGACGUUAUAAUGACUCACGGGAUAUUCUGGCAGUAUCCAUACCACUUACCUGAGCAUGGAUUGUCUCCUGUUGAAAGCAGUGGGACUCAAGGGUCAAAGUAUUUCACUACAACAGAAGACUAUCUACUAGUUCUUGGUAUGGAUCAUUAUGGUAGUUCCUCUUGGAAGUUGAUACAAGAGAAGCUUUUACCCACUAAAACCACAAAACAGCUUCACUUACGUGUUAAGAAUUUAACAUCAAAAAGGACAAAGCAGGACAAUGUUAUCAAGUAUUACAAGAGAACUGGCGAAAUUAAGAUCCCAUUUGACAAAGAUGCCAUUGAUCCAUACUUGUUCACUAGACUACCACAAUGGAUAAUUAAGUAUCACUUAAAGAGAGAGCAGGUUGAGUAUGAGGAGAGAGAAAAGAAAGAAAAGAGAAAAGAAGAGCUAAAGAAGAUAGCGACCACUUACAACCUCCUCUCAUCCUCUUCUUCCUCCUCCUCCUGCCCUCCCUCCUCCUCCUCCUCCUCCUCCUCUCCUGGUGGGAGUAAAAGAAACCUUAAAGACGACUUGGAAUCAGUUGCACCCUCAAAGACUCUCAAGAAAGGGAAGAAGAGAAUGAGGCUCUCCCUCGGGCCCAUAGAGACACAGUCAGAGACAAAGACUGGAUGUAAAGGUGAUUAUAGGCAGCUCCUAUACAUGGCUGGACUGGAAGGUUCUGAUCCAGCAGCUCGCUAUGCUUUUAACUAUCUAACAGAAGUAAAGGCAAUGACAAUGAGCUCACCUGAAAAUUACAACACUUUUUUAAAACUGUUGAUCACAGCUCGCAAGAGGGAAUGGUCACCAGGAAAGUUGUAUAUGGCAGUAAAGCCUGUGUUGCAGCAGUGGCCCUACCUACUGAAGCUGUUCAUGGCAUUCCUUGAUCCCAAAGAUGCUGUUCAAGCUAAAGUGAUAGCUGAUAAAAUUGACUUUGAGCAAGUGAAGACUUUCAGCAGAAAUUUACAAGAUCAAUAUGGAGAUAGUCCACUCCAAUUGAGUGAUAUUUUAUCAAAAUUACGAUCACUUGAGGCUGCAGAUGAUACUAGGAAAAACCAGAUUGUAUUAGAGCUAAAUGAAAUGAUGUUAUCACACGAUGAACUUCUUAGUGACCUAAGGCACUUUGUAUCAGGUGUACUACCAGCAAAAAGAAUUACAGAAAAGUCUCAGAAUGACUUUGAAGAAGUCAACAUUUCCUCAUCAGAUCAAAAACAAGCUGGUGAUGAUUUUGAGGAAGUCAGCGUACCCCACGAUUGGGAAGGCUCUUCUUCUCAACGUAUAACUAGUUCUCCUUAAUGAAGUGUAGCUCAUAUGCUCAUCUCUUUAUUUUAUAUCAUCACUUAAUGCAUGAAACUUUUUAUAAUAAUCCUCUCUCAAUCCCUCACAAAGUAA